GGCUUCAUUGCUCUGCAAGUGCUUCUAAGCUCUCAGAUUUAGCUUCUUUUUUAUCUCCUACAUUCGUAAUUUCAUCGCUCCUUAUGCUUUUGUGAUGUAGAUAGAUUUAAUAGUUUAACUAAUCUUCUUAGAAUAACUUCAAAGUGUUUUCCCUAAUUGGCCUCCUUUUAUUCUUGACAGCUUUGAAUUUCAUCCAUUUUAAGAUCCAUAUCUAGCUUUAGUUUUUCAAAUUGCACUUAUUCUUCUCGGUGAAAAAAAAGUUAAAAUGUCAAAGAUUAACUUCAAAGGAAUUACUGAUUUACAAUGCUUCCUUCAGUAGGAUUUUUAUUAAGAAAUCUUAAUAUGUCUGUUAGUGGUUAAGAUAUGAAUUUAGAAAUCAACCUUUGUUUGUUUUCUAAUUCUCCCUCCCCCUCGACUGCUGUGUAUUUCUGCUUACCAAUCGGAUUAUUUCUUCCUUGUCCCUUUAAGAAAGGUUAGCUUUUCUGACAGUAUUAUUAUAGUGAAAAAUUUUUCUUGAGUUUUAAUAAUCUAUCCAGCUGGUGCCUGGUAAUUAAUAUUCCUUGAGAUGGAUUUUAUGCCAUAUGUUCUUAGGAUUCUGCUACUGAGAACCUCUUUUACUUUCACACUUUAGCAUAAAGCUACCUUUUUUUACUUGUUCCUUGUUAAGUCUUGCAAGAAAUUAUCAGUCCAACUACUUUUUUUCUCUUUCAGUCAAAAGCCUUAUUAAGUGUCGUUUUGAAGUUCUUAUCUUUGAAGAACGUUUAUGUUUUGAAUUUACAAAGACCGGAAUGUUAUGGUUUGCUAUUGCUAACUACUGAGCAAUUUUUUCCGCAAGGAAGUUUCAUCUCAAAUGGCAACUCCAUGUUCAUCCAUGAAUGACACACAACACUUCUUGGAUACAGAUGAAACUGUACUUAGUUUACUGAAGCAAUCUGUGGAAAUCGAUGGUUCAGAUAAUGCUUCCUCGCAAAUUAUGAUGGUGAGUGCUUUUGGUUUAUCUGGUGGAAGUCGGAUCUCUGAAUCACUUUGCCCGGCUGAUUUCUCCGUGGAAGAGAAACAAAUGGAGAGGAACUUUAUGGGAAAGAAAAGAAGAACACUUUCAGAAUGUGGUGGCUUUUCACUUCAAUCAACAAUAGCCAAGUGUGCUGAUGCAAAAGAGCAGAAUGAUGUUUCUCCAGACUUUGUCAAGAGCUCCACAGACAAAGAUGUCAAGAAACAAAAGAGUGAAUUGCUCCCUUGUUACAAUUCCAGCAAAUUAACUACCAAGCAAGCUAAAGAGAUAUCCCAAGACGAUGAUGAUCCAAAAGAAGCAUAUAUCCAUGUUCGUGCCAAGCGAGGCAAGGCUACGAAUAGUCAUAGCCUUGCAGAGAGAGUGAGAAGAGAAAAGAUCAGCGAACGAAUGAGGAUUCUUCAAGAUCUAGUUCCAGGAUGCAGUAAGAUUACUGGCAAGGCAGUGAUGCUUGAUGAAAUCAUCAAUUACGUGCAGUCAUUGCAGCAACAAGUAGAGUUCUUGUCGAUGAAGCUUGCAGCUGUUAACCCUGAACUAAACUUUGAUAUUGAACAGAACUUUUCUAGAGCUGCACGAGAUGGAACUCCUUCAGUUCUUGGUCUCAGUCCAGUUUUUAGCACUCCAUAUGCUCAUUAUCCUGGAGCAGUACAAAUUCCCUCAGAAAUGAUUGUGGCUGCUACCAUAUCUCAGCUUUCCUCCAUUGCUCAGAUAGAAAAUAUGUGGGACGAGGAGCUCCAAAAUGCAAUCCAGAUGACCUUAAUCCCUCCACAACCAAUCAAUAACUCUGGAUUUCAUGUCAAAGAUCCAAAGGUCGGUAAGAAUCAAUUAUCUAUUUAGAUAAUCUUGUUUCAUCUUAGUGAUCAACCAUUUAUGAGUGCAGGUUUUAUGAAGAAGAAUGAUUCGGUUACAUUUUCUAGAUACGAUAUACAGUGGAAAUAACUUCCCCUGGUUUUUGAAUGAAUCAAGGGAAAACGAGUGUUGUAUAGCACACAAUCCUGACAAUUUCUUCAAAUUUUAGAUGAAGAAACGACUAAGUGAUACAUGCUGAUCAUCUGUAGCCAGAUAUUCUUGCUGAUUGGUUGAACAGUUUACUGUUUUUAUUCUACUUUUUUUGGGGUUUUAUUUGUGAUAGCUACUAUUGAGUGCAUUAGUUGUUGGUUGUAUCGAGUGAAAGUUUAUUGGUUGUGGGAGAUAGCACCAUGGAAAUUUUUUUUUUUUUAUGGAGUUUAUUUCUUUUUCAUUAUCUAUGCUACU